GCACCACAGCUCUACGCAUCGCCAUUUUAGUUAAGAUUGAUAAUUUGUAUACACCAUUUCUACACAUACGUGGGUUUAUUUAGAAUUUAAGCCACGGUUCAUUGUAAUAGUCAAAACAUUAUUCUGGACAUGGAUAAUAGCAAUUCCGCCCAAAGGGGAUCAGAUCAAUUUCUGGAGAAUUGCUGCUUUACCUGUCAAGAAAAUGGAUUAAAUAUUGAGGCUCAUUUCUAUUGCCAACAAUGCACGACAUUUUACUGUGAUGAGUGUGAUAAACCGCAUGGACAACUAUUUAAAAAGCACGAUGUUGUGGGCAGAGACAGUAAGGCGCAAUGGCCAGUGGGUCAAGCUUGUAUUGAACUAGUAGAGAAAUGUAAAGAACACGAAAGCAGGAAACUUGAAUUAUACUGCGAAGAUCACAGUCAGCUGUGUUGUUAUCAAUGCCAGUUUGACAGUCACAGAACUUGUAGUAAGAUUGCACUGAUUGCUGAGAAAGCGAAAGGUUUCCCUAAAACAACUGAUUUUCAACGCAUUCCAAAGAAUUUAAUAGAUCAACAAGAAAAAAUUGAUAGACUGAGUCGUGAACUCAACGAUGACCUUCAGCUGCUUAAAGCUUCACACAUACGGUGUAAAGAUGAUAUCCAAUCUUUUCGCACGAAAAUAAACGAGUACUUUGAUGAGCUAGAAAAGAAAUCAACAGAGGAUUUAGACCAUUGCCUUACUGAUUCCCAAAAGGCCAUUCAAUUUGAUAUCGACCAGUGUACAAAGCUACAAAGAGAAUUACACACGAUCGGAGAUGCCCUCAGAACUAUAACAAAAGACAAUGAAUCACUCUCUUUUAUGAUACAUAAGAAAUGCCAGACGCUUUCUCAGUCGUAUAAAGAUAUCAAACGUAAAGACAACAUAAUCACAUUCCAUAAAAACCCUAGCAUUGAGAAAUUCUUCUCCAGCUUAUCAGAAUUUGGCAAGAUUGUUUGUGAAAGUAGUCUUUCGAAAAACGAAGAAGUUGAAUCUAACCAAAAGAUAAGUGUUACUGGAGAUUAUACAUCACACAACAUACAAGUAGCUAGUGAUUCUGACCAAAGCUUUAUAACCGGCGUCCAUGAGUUUCCCGAUGGAACAAUUGUUUUAAGUGACAGAAAUAACAAACGCGUUAAGUUGCUGGAUAAAGAUUAUAAGAUUGUCACCCAUCUUGUAUUUCCGGGCGCAGUAUGGGACUUGUGUGGUGUCACUGCUAAUGAAAUAGCAGUCAUUUCAGAUGACGUCGUCCAUGAGGUCUAUUUAUGCAGGGUUGCUGAUGGACAGAUUCAGAAGAAUAAGAAUCUUACUCUCCAACACAAAUGUAUUGGAAUUGCAUUCGGGACAAAAAGUGGACACCUGUUCAUUACUUCUGGAACCAUGUUAUAUCAAUAUACACUCGAUGGCAAACGUGUUAAAGAGAUUUUCAACAAGAAAUCAAACGAUUCAGUAUACAAAUGCGCAAUUAGCCCAGAUGAAACAAAAAUAUACGUUAUUGACCACCACGGAAGCGAGUUAAAUACACUCUCCAAGGACGGUAUUCAGUUGUCAACAACUGUUUCACCUAAAUUCAAGCUUUUAACUAGUGUACGAGUGACAGACAAUGGACAGUUACUUGUAUGCGCGUAUAAUGGAAACAGUGUUUACCAAGUUGAUUGUGAUGGAAAAGAUAUAAUAAGUGAAGUCAUCGCAGCAGGCAAGGGAAUAAUAAACCCAGGAUCAAUGUUCUACAGUACAAAAACGAAAGCGCUCAUUAUUGGGCAAUACACCAGUUUCAUCGCUGUCUUUAAAACUAACUGAUAUAUGAUAAAUCAUUCCACAUACAGCAGGAAUAAAUUUCUUAAACAUCAUUAAAUCAUUACAAAUC